AUGAGAGGGAAAUACUUUCUCCUUGGCUACUUGUUGGUCAAAGUUAUGGCUCUGGUGUGCAAGGCUGACGGGGAGCCUGGACUGCUUGGAGGAUUCGUUAUGAUCGCCACCUCCAACGGCUCUAGGGAGGAGGAGAGCGUGUCUGAGGAGACCCCGCACACGGAGGACAAAUGUCGGGGUUACUACGACGUGAUGGGCCAGUGGGACCCGCCGUUCAUCUGCAAAACGGGCAAUUAUCUGUACUGCUGCGGCACCUGUGGCUUCCGCUUCUGCUGCUCGUACAAGCAUUCGCGGCUGGAUCAGAGCACCUGUAAAAAUUAUGACACCCCGGUGUGGAUGAAGACCGGGCAGACUCCCUUCAAGAAAAUGAACAAGAUGCACGACAGCACCAAAGACAAGACGAACUUAAUCGUUUACAUCAUAUGUGGAGUAGUGGCCAUCAUGGCCCUUGUGGGGAUUUUCACCAAACUAGGUUUGGAAAAGGCGCACCGGCCCCAGAGAGAGAACAUGUCCAGGGCCGUCGCCAGUGUGCUGCAGGGCGGGUGUCCAGGUGAGCAGUAUCGGGGGGAGGAGGCCCUUGGGAUGCAUUCGCAGCACUAUGUUUCCAGGGCCACAAACCUCCAGGGUGGUCAGAUCAACAACAACGUGGGACCGGGGCCUAACAUGAGCCAGCAGCACCCUUACCCUGCCCUCAGCCAGCUGGCUCAUGUCUAUGAACAGCAGCAGCCGCAGCAGCAGUCGGGCAAGGAGCUCAACAAGUACGCCUCGCUCAAGGCUGUGGCUGCCAAGUACAAUGGUGAGCUCUACAACAAGCGUCGCCUCAUGGUGGACCUGCCAACUAAAGGUGGCCUUCCCCUGCAGCCAAUGGGCACCCUGAGACCCUCCAUGGGCAACAUGUCCUCCAUGAGUCCUCCGAUGACCACCAACCCCAUGGCCUCGAAUCCCAUGAACCCCACCAUGACCCAGAUGUCCUCCAUGACCCCCAUGACAUCCAUGACUCCUAUGACAUCCAUGACCCCCAUGACCUCCAUGACUCCCAUGACCUCCCUGGGCCCACUGACCCCAGAGCCAGUGGCCACCUACGUCACAGAGAUGCCAAGCAUCUCCGCCGUCUCCACCCUCCCCACAGAGCGGCACCUGGCCGCCGGCGGAGGGGGAGGGGGACUCAAGCCGAACGGCCAGAAACCAAAAGGCGGCCAUAGCCACGCUGCCCACAGCACGCACAGUGCUCACAGCGCUCACACUCAUGUUCACAGCCACAGUAGCAAGGGCCCAGGACUGGCGGCCACCUCCAUGGCACACUUGGCAGGGACGAUGCCGGGCGGCUCGUCCAUGGGCAUGUCCAGAGCCCCCGAGGCCACCGUCCUUGGUUCAGGUUCAGGUACCAUGAGCCACCCGCUGGCGUACAGCUCCAACACCAUCGGGCCGGGGCACGGGAUGGGGCUUGGGUUGAAGGGCUGGGACGGGACUGAGACGGUGGGGCGGAGGAAGGUGUACGGGCACAAGAGGCCCCAGUGUACCGUGCUGGAGCAGAACCAGCUGCAUGGCACGAGGGGUCACAGCCACAGCCAGCACUUCCUCCCCACGCAGCCCUACUUUGUCACCAACAGUAAGACGGAGGUGACUGUGUAA